ACAAUUUAGCAUGGAAAUAUGGAGAGACGAAGUAAAGGUUAAGUACUACAGUGCACUAGGAGGAAGAGGCACCCAGAACUGGCAUUGCUCAAGGCAGCCUUGGACGGUUAAUAGCUCCAAACCCUAGAGGCGAUCCGAGGAGAACGCAACCACCACAAAGAGAACAAAGUCAUAGUUAGACAUCUAACGUCCCCAGUGUUGACCAGGGGGAGCCAAAUCCAUAAGGACAACCUUCGAUAGCUGACCAUGUAGCGUCCCUACAACCAAGGGGCAGACAAGACAGUACCAUAUGGCUCCUGCCGAGCUUGAGCAUACCACCGGAAAAAGAAUGGUUCUAGUCUCUGUGAAAACUGUUAUUUUUUUCCCAGAAGUCAAGUCUAUCUAGGAUUUCCUGAAGCAGAAUAUCGAGAUCAUCCCCUUCUAGUUCCAUAAUGCUGGAACACAAAGGUACAGUCAUGACUAUCGCAGCCCUUCUGCUGUAUUUUUUGUGGAUGGACAUUGCUCUUUUUUACAAAGUCCAAAACCGCAUUUCUUCACGUCAUGUAGUGCCCAUCAGUGGAACUUCCACGCCAGCUUCUUUGCCAGAGAUGAUAUCUCCUUUCACGGGCCUGUCCGUUAAACUCAUCAUGAUGGAUCCGGUCAACAACUACAUACAUAACCCAGCAGCUCACUUAUUCAACGAGGUGACUAAUUUCAGCACAGUUUUCUAUUUUAUUACGCCAAACAUGAUAAGUUUCAUAGGCCUCCUCUUCGCUCUUGGAGCAGCCAAAUGCACGACGAUGGAAGCAAGAAUUUUUCAUUAUGUUGCUAUCUUCCUCUUUCAAAUGAGAACAUGGUGUGACGCACUAGAUGGCGAUGUUGCUCGCAGCCGCAUGGGGAUGGUUCAACAUGUAUCGUUAAGAAACACUAGUGGUUAUGUUGUGGAUGGAGUAGCAGAUGCAUUAGGAUUCGCUGCAUUUUUAAUAGGUUGUUUUCAGCAUCUGCGCGCUACAGUACCUAAGAUGAAAUACUACUUGCCUCUAAAUACUCAUGAAAUGUGCAAAGACUGUAAAAAUGGAAGUCCUCUAAAUGGAGCUUCUCAGACGUGCUUGAUGUCACAUACAACCAGUCAGAGGGGUGUCUUUGUUGUUGUUCUCUGUUUUGGACUGCAAAUGGCAAUUGGGGCAUUUUUCUGGGACCAUUAUAUCAAUGCAUAUCACAAUUUGCUAGAAACGCCUUCGCCAACUGAUUUACAAUCAGAAGCUCAAAAUGAAGUUCUGCGUUCAUCCAUAACUUGGAUCUUAAUGUGGUUUUGGAGAUUAUGGAAUGCCCAUAACUUAAUACAAAUGCUCUUGUUUUCUAUUUAUGUAAAUAAAUUAUGGGAAUUUCUGAUGUGGAUUCAGUUUGUAGGAUUUACUCAAAUUUUUACGUUGGCUUUCUUAACAGAAAUUCAUCUUUCUACAGUUCGCAGCUAUAUUUUGAGCUUUUCCUGAAUGGCAGGAUGGGCCAUAUACAAGCCGCUGUAAAAAUUUCAUUUUUUCUCACACAGACAAAUGAUGGACUGAAAAUAAAUAGCCGUUGACCUGUGUGAUAUUCUAAUAUUUUAAGUUAAGUACAAAACUGCAAAACAGAGAACAAGGCUCAUACUUCUUUUGAAAAUAAAAUUUCAUAUUAAUUUGUGUUCAAAAAUUUCUAUAUUUCCAAAAUUACUGAAAUUAUUAGAUUUUGUUAUACUAUUUUAUAGUGUUAUAUUAAUUAAGUGAUUAAUUUGUUUAAGGUAAAUUAAUAACCAAACUGUGGUAGUUUUUCUUGUUUAAAAUGGUGUUGUAACAAUAUUUUUGUGUACAUUAUGAAGAGUUCUAUAUUAGUAGUAUUACUCUGCUGUAAAAUUUCUACUUGUUUAUGAAAACUUACCACUGAAUGAUGCUUCUGAUUUUGUAAGUACAAAGUGUUAUUAGUUUUUAAAAUAGAGAGUUUUAAAGUGACUUAAUCUUGACAUUUAUUUUAAAAUUUACUACUUGUUAUAUUUGCUAAUUACUUACCACUUGUUAUAUUUCUUAAUUACUUUCCACUUGUUAUAUUUCCUAAUUACUUUCCGCUUGUUAUAUUUCCUAAUUGCUUUCCAUUUGGCGAUAAAGAAGGUUUUUUUAUCUAUAGAGAUGGCCCAGAUGGAAUAGUGAAAUAUUUAAUAGAUAUAUGUAUAUUUAGAGUAACAUGGUAGCGUUUAUGUCUUCUCCGUGUUUGAUAAGUAAACAAUAUUUUUAAUUAGAUAAAGCAUGAAUUCAAUGAAAUUUUUAUUCAAAUUAAUCAGAUUCAAAUGUAAAAAAUUAUAUUCUUAAAAACUGCGUAUAUUUUUGUUUGUUUGUUAACCGAUAACAGAUAGAUUAAAGAGUAAAGAUAAAUAUCAAAUAUUUUGCCGAAUGGCAAUAGACUCGAAUGAAAAGUGAAACAACGCAUUUAAAGUGAAACAGCGCAAAAUCGUAUUUUGAACUAAUAGCUCUUUUCAACGAAAAAAUUAAUUCUAAACUAAUAAUUAGAAUUAAUUUAUGGAUUCAGAAAUUAAUUUUAAAAUCAGCUGAUAUGAAUUUUGUGUAAUAACUUAUAAUUCUCAAUUUAGUAACUACAAAAGUGUUCUGAAAAAGUUUUAUAAAAAUAUGUAAAGUUUUGUAUAAACUUUCUGUAUAUUUUAUCAAUAAAUAUACUUUGUUGUAUAGUUCUAGAUAUAUCACUUCAAAAGCGAAAAAUGCAAAACUCUUUUUCAAUAAAAUAAUUUGCGUACUUGAACGUAAAGACUAAAAACGAAGUUAAAUAUUUUAUUUGAAAGAUAUUAGAUAGCAAAUAGCUUCUUACAUGCCCUGAAAGCUAAAGAGUUAGCAUUAUUAUAAACGUAUUCUUACCCUUGCCUUUUAAAGAAUGUAUCUAACAAAGUUUUCAAAGGAAAGGGCGAGAAAAAAUACAUUUUCUUUAUUUUUGUAUUUGAAAAUGCUUUUGUAAAGUGAUUUUUAUACUUUAUAUGUAUAUAUAAUAUUAUGUAACAGCUGAUUUUUUCACAAUUUUGGAUUUGCUUAGAGUACAUGAUUUGAAAUAUGAAUAAAAUAUUUUUUCCAAACCUA